ACGCAAUUUCGGAAACUACCACAUAUAUUUGGACGAGUACAAGCGCAGCCGUAAACUGCGCGAUGCAAUUACGUAAGCACGGUGAAUAAGAAGAGUGCAAGCAGUGGAAAGAAGUGAAAAAGUGAAACGUUCUAAAACAAGUUGUAAAAACCUUGUUUGUGUACCAAAAUCGAGCAAAUGUGUGAUAAAGUAAUUGCGCCAAGUUCAGUAAGUGAAGUGAGCCUUCAUAUCCACCCUCAGCACUCAUCGGUUUGAAAAGCGCAGUGAAUAUUUUGAUGAGGUAUAAACUAUUAAAUAAUGUGCUCUGAUUUCCACCUACCCACCUUAGCUAUUUUCGAAUACAAGGUCCAAAAUAAUUUACUAAAAAGUGAAUUGCUCACCUAAAACAAAAAGUGGAAUUCGUAAGUUCAACACUGAUAAGAUAAGCGCAAAGGCGAGAGAGAGCAAACUUAGCAUCCGCGCACUCACACACAUACAUAUAUUCCGUUGCAUCCGUGUGUCGCGCAGCGAAAGCGGGCUUCUACAGCAAUAACUGGCACAAAAAUCAUACAACAGUGGACUCAGCAUUCAGCAACCGGGACAUUAGCUUCCGUCGGCAGCCAAAAAUCAUAACUGUCAAAAUUCAGCUACGAAAGUGUGUCGUCGCUGCGGAGCCAAUGUACAGUUCAAACAUUCUGCGGUAGAUGCCAACAAAUUGGGGGAACGCGGGACAACUGACAGUUGUAACGAAGAAACUCUCACAAACAUCGAAAAGAAAUAGAAGGCUUAUGCAAUAGAUAGACACAAUUGCAGACUACAAAUAAUCAGAAAGUUGCAUUGGCGCAAAAGCUUCUGAUUCGAUAGCCAAAACUGCACUGAAGACUUUGCUGCUGAUACGAGCAACACACAACAACAACUCAGGAAAUUGCGGGGUCAAUGCGAAAUAGCCACUGUAAUAAUUUUGUAAUAACAGCAAACAACAACAAGAAGCCUCUUUGAAUACUUAUGAAGCAAAGAGUAGGUUGCCAAGAACCAAUAGCCCAGCAACACAUCUCCGAACAAUACCACACAGCUGAUUUGCGACUUGUAUAAGUAACCGGACCAUUGGCAGCACCUAUGGGCAAGUGUGUCUCAAAGCACCCGUCCGUACUCACAAUAGCGCUGUCGGAAAAGGAUUUGGCGGCGGCUAACCACAUUUGGAGCAAAUUUGCUGAGAGCACCGAAUACAUUGCGCUGAAGGACGAGCAUGGAAAUCAAUUAUGCGAAUAUUACUACGUGAGCGGCAAGAAGCGGAAGACGAAGCCAAAAACAACAAAGCAGCAGCUAGCGCCAACGAAGGGGAAUAAUGAUGCGAAUACAACAACUGUCGGCGCCACACGGUCAGACCAAGAUUCAAAUGAAAAUCAAAACCAGCGACAGCAGCAGAGCCAGAAGAAGGGUAGAAACAAAAGACGAUCGAAGACAACACAAAAGCAAUCAUCAACGCAGCAAAGUAGUGAAAACAAAUCACAGCAAUGGACAACAAACAGCGAACAAACAACAAACACAAAUGGCACAGAAAGUUAUACCGAAAGGUUACAGCAAGAUUGUGUUACUUCACAAGCCGAGUUGUCUGCCCAUGCCGCUGAUGGUCUGACAACGACGACAGCGACGACUUCGACAAUUGUGUACAGCAGUGUGAGUGGCUGUGAGUAUUGCACCGUUGUCAGCACCACGGACGAUGACGACGAGAGCGAGGGCGGGGACGAGGACGAGCACUGGCGCGGGCACGAUGACAGUGACGACAGCGAGCAGUUGUUUGGUAUUCACAACCAUAAUAAUGCUACCGAGGCUAUUGUAGUUGACAACACCAAUAAAGAAACCGCCGUUGGUACUCAUAAAAAUCAACAACAUUGUGUGGCUCAUUUGCCGUCGCAGCCACAGGAACAGAUUGCUGGCGACACGGUUGCCCCCGACGCCAACAAUAAUGCCGAAAUAGCUGCGAAACAUGAGGAAUAUGCUUAUCAACCGAAGUGGCAGCAACAGCGUUUGGAUGCCACCGAAAAAGGGCAAUUAAUAAACAGUGAAGUGAGCAAAGUCAAUAUUGGUGUUAUUGGUGUCGAAAAUGCAGCUGAACUUGACAAUGUCGAUGGAAACAGUGAAAGGUUAAGCGGCAGUGAACACCUAACGGUUGAAGGCAGCGACUAUAUGCAGGGACAGGCCGAAAGCAAACGACAUUCGAAGAAGCAUGGCAGCACCACCAACGCCACAACAGGCACUGGAGUGGGCGCCAUCGAAACUAAAGGUACGGCGAUGUCCUUCGGCUUUCGCAAGAAGCUCAACACGACGCCGAAGAAGUUCAAGAAAUUGCUGGAGGCCGGCGUUGGCGGCAUGACUGGUGGUGGCGAUGGAAAACGAAAACAAGACAAAUGCAACAAUAUUACAACAACGACACGGGACGGCAACACACCUAGUGAGGAUAACGCAAAACGGGCAACUGUGAUAGAUGGGGAGACGUUAACGGACGAACAACAGCAGGACGACAAUGGCAAUGCAGAACUGCUGGCCAAGAUACACUUUGAGAAAAUGGGUGCGGCGGCCGCAACGACGCAGCGUUCCAAUCAACAAGCCAUGGCAGCCGGUGGUGGCGCUCCGCCUUCCAACCUGCCUGGCGUCGCUUCGCGGUUCGGUUACCGCGGCGGACACAUGGUACGCCCGGCAUCGGCAGGUUUAACGCAGCACUAUCCCAUGGAAGUACAGGAGAAUGCGGAAAACAACAACACUUGCGGCAGCAAUGGGAGCGACGCCAGAAGUGGUGGUGUGGGAGUUAAUGGACAACAAAAACCGCUUGUCAGCAACUUGAAACGCCGAUCGAAGAGUGCACAUGCCGGCAGGGCAUUGACUUCAGGCGAUGAGACUAGCGAGUCGGGCAGUUGCAGCGAUGCGGCCGGUCGCCCAAAAAUAACACAACCCAAAUCUAUAACGUUCAAUUUGAGUCAGAACAGCACAAUCGAAUAUCAGCGGCGACAGUUUUUCGAACAGCCCAACACAUAUGGCAGCUAUGGAAGUGGACGCAGCAGUGCCGCCAACAUUUGGACCCAUCAACCGGGGCACCAGGCGCAGCAGCAUCAGUCGCGAAAUGUCAUCAGCACGGGCAUGCACACGAAUGUUAUUGUCCGUCCGACACCACGCGCACCGCCAGCCAGUUUUUCGAAGUUCACACUGCACACAGUAAGUUUGCCAAAACCGGAGUUUCCCGUGGCCAUCAGUGUGGGUGCUACAACUCCGACUACACCGAGCAGCAUCUACACACCAUCGCCCACCAUGGCAACCAGCGUCGCGGGCGCACGUACCAAGGAAAACCAGCAGCAGCAGCACCCCUUGACAGUGGUAGCUUGUGCCACAGUGACACACUCCGCUUCCGGACAUAUGGAUCUGAAGACGGCCAAGCAGAUGGCAAACAACACGCGGCGUGGAUUCUCAGGCAGUCGGGAGAUAUCAGCGGAUUCAGGUAUUGCCAGCAUGGACAUGGCAUUGGAUAGUUCGGUUUCGAGCGGUGGUGGCAGUCGCGCUGGACGCACAGCCUCGCCUAAACGGAGCCGCAGUCGUCCGCGCAAUUUGCAAAUGGUAAUGAAUGGUCGUCACAAAUUUGAAGUACGUGACCUGGACGACCCUUUAUCGAGUGAAUCCAGUUCUAUCGUAGAGCCGCUAGCUUUGCCGAAGCUACCGAACGAAAACCAAACAGUACCGCUUCCACUAUGUGGUCUUGUGCGUUCCAAUACGGUACUUAGUCGAGAGACUUAUGAACGAAAUGGCGGUGUUAUCGGUAAUAGAAGCGCUAGUGCCAACCCGGAAAUCAAACAGGUUGAUAUUGGAAUACGCCCUACUACGGCGCCUGCACAGUGUACCAUAACUCGGAAUUCGUCGGAGGAAAGUGAAGGGGUCGAUGAGGAAAAGCUUUACUUAGACCGCUCAACUUCAGAGAAAGGAAACAGGUUUAAGGACAUCAAUACUUGUUCGAGUAAAACAUCGUCACCAGGGAGCUCCAUAAUGCUCUCGUGGUGCAAUGCCGGAGAAUCUCUUGCCGUAAAGGAUUGUAGCAGCCUCAGUAUUAGCAGCGAAGAUAGUAAUAAACUGCAGGGAUUUAAUCAUCAAGAUAAAGACACAGACACGGAGAAGAACGAUUUGCAAAAAUUCAAACACAUGUCGGUCGACUUGAAUGACGAUGACUUAAGUGGCAUCGUGACCGAAAUGCAAGUUAGUACAUUAUCUUCCUUAACGGAUAACUUAGCAAAUGAAAACAACAAUUCCGCACUCAAAACAAUAGAAACCAACAUUACGACCAUUGCAUCUACGGAAAAUGCAAAUAUUGAUAAGCCGGACCGGCCGAAAUCGUUUUAUAAUACCCUUAAUGAGACGAAAUUUGCAGAGAUGGCUUUAGCCGGCAGCACUUAUCUUUUGGACGACGAGACCUCUCCCACGGAUAGUCUGGUGAGCAGCACGGAAUCAGAAGAAGCCGCAAGCAAGCAGAAAAAACACAAAAUAAACGAAGAACUGCAAGAGAAGGACAUCGAUGAGAUUUCACCUGAACUCGAAAUGGGUAGUCCCAUUUCACCGGGAACACCAACACACGCUUCACAUUCACUAUCACUUUCCGAUUGCGGUAAUUUAAUUGAUGACGAGAUCGCUGACCAACCGGCGUUGCUGUUUAACAGUGAGGCGCAUGAUCUGGUGGAUAGUUUGACGUCACACAAAGAUAAGACAGAGACCCCCACACUUAUGGAAAAUACAGGUUCGAUGCGUUCCCUGAAGAGCCAAUCGAAAGCGCGCACUGCACUCCAGCAAGCAAUAGAGUUGAGUCUUCGCACACCGCUCUCGCUGCGAAAGGCGGUAAUGGAACGCGCCGAAUCUCUCGAUACUCUCUCUCCCUGUGAGUCGAUAUGUUCAGAUGAUCUAAUGAUGGAUUUCGAUAUACAUAGCAGUGUGGAUUCCAUCGAUCGAUCUGGCUCCAUAAAGAGUCGAAGUGGUUCGGAUCUACAUAAAAUUGACGACACAGAAUUAUUUUCGGAGCUGGAACGUAAAGGGAGCGAUGUAAUGAAAGAACUGAAUUCCCUCCUACGUCUUCGUUCCAAUAAAAGCGCAGAUAAGGAUGUUGACAUUGCUCAUUUGCCCGCUCGCGCCACUCGUCUUCUAAAUCGUUCGCGCCUGCAGCAACAACAGUACCCCUCCUCGAUUGCCAGCGGUGUGACCACGAAUGCGGCGACUAGUAGUUCGGUCUGCGGUGGCGGCGGCGACUCAGACAGCUCCAAAUCAGCCCACAGUCUACGACGCAGCGCAGCCGCUUCUCGCGCCUCAAACGCUUCCACAUCAUCAACGAAUGCGUCGCUGCCGCCGAGCACCCAUUACCAGCAUCAGAAACCAUUUCAGCAUCACUACUCACAACUGCAUCGCGACUCGCACAGUUCUUCGGACGAUCUAAUGCUGUAUGACAAAUCUUUCCGAAAUGCGAUGAUUCAGGAUGUGUUGCAGUUCAAAAAACAGUUGCUGCGGCUUCGACGCAUUCUACAGGACACGGAGACUCUCAACCCAUUCGAUAACGACAAUGGGCAACUCUUCGCCGCCUGCGGCUUGGACAGCAAACUACUGGAUGACAUGGACCUGGCCAGCCUGACCUCCUCGACCACAGAUGACCCGAUGUUGGAGUUAGCCGAUCUACGAAGACAGGUGGUUUACCUUCAGGGAGAAGUUGAAGAUCGCGAACGAACCAUACGUUUGCAGAAAAAUCAAAUUGAGAAUCUGGAAUCAAAAAAGCCACCAAUACAAAAGGACCACACAAAAGAGUUGAUGAAUAUAGCAACACAAACAGAAAGGACACGACCACUUUCAUAUGGCCUAGAUGGACUGUCAAGAAGUAAGCCCGAGUACACCAGUUACACCACACGUUAUCACCCGGUCGCCACCUGUGAAAACAAUAGCAAUUGCAAUGGCGCCAACAACAGCAAUAACAGCAACAACAAUUUAUGCACAUACCAACAACAGCACAACUGCUGCAAUGGCAGCAACAACAACCUGCCAGCGACCGCCACAGAAGCAGCAGCACAACAAAUACGCCGUCACACCAUCAUAUCCACCACUCUGAGCAAUUACAAUCAACAGUCGGCACUGGCCCCGCGACGUGCCUCGAUCGCGUGGGAAAAACCCACAGCGCCUGCACCACCCACAACACCCCCGCUCGCACAGACAGCGACUGCGGCCGGCACAAAACACGCGCCACCAGCCGCCACCACCUACAAACCCGUGAAAAUCACACUGAUCGGAGAGCCGCUCAAGCAGUGGCAAUGGAAUGCCGUUGGCAAUGGGAAGACUUCUGACAGCCACGGCCACACAGCGGCCGACAACCAUAGCGACAAAGAGGGCAAGGCAAAGCGCGAAGCGAGCGAUGGCAAUAAUAAAAGUGGACGUAACAGCAGCCGGUGUGGUGGUAAUGGUGGCAGUGGUGGCGUGUGUAAUGGCAAGAGUAAUGGUGCGAAUUGUGCGAAUGGCAGUAACGGUUACACAAACGGCACGAGCAGCCAGACGAAUGGACGGAACGAGGUCUCGGGCAAUGGGCUACAGAAGGAAACAAGCCAACAGACGAACCAUCACUAUCAAAUGCAGAUUAAGCCGUAUAUGCAACAGGCGCUGACACAGCCGGGACAACAGCAGCAAACACGUGUACAACAGCAACAACAACAACAGCAAGUCUAUCACACAACAAACGGCAGCAAUGGCAAUUUCAAUCCAACAGUUACUAUAGUCUGAGCGCAAAGUAGUUAGUUCGUAAUGUCUGAUAUUGAUAUACAUACAAACAUACUUAUAUAUACUAAAAUUGAUAUUCAGAUACAAAUUUUGGAAAGUGAGUGAAUUAUGUAGAGGCGAUCUUUUAGCGUACAGUUAUUAGUAAAAUCUACAUAUGUGUGCAUGUUUGGACGGUCAAGUUAUCUUAAGCUUCGGGAAAAUUUAAAAUGUAGUGCGCGAGGAAAUUAUGUUACAUAACUAUACUGUGCAAUAAAUGUGCAAAAUAUGUAUGUAUGUAGUAGUUAAAUGUGUAGUAGAUUCUCUGAAGCAAGAACUAAUGCCAAUAAGGGUUUUCUUCACAUAUUAUUCUAAAUACUUCUAAAGAGGCAUCGUAAUGAACGGAAUGGACGCAGUUUUCCAAUUCUUCACCCCAGAUAAAGUGUGUGCACAGCAAGAGGGUUUAAUGAGGCUAUUAUAUACUAUUUCUCGUUUGCUUUAGUUCGUACUCGGCGGCAAAGCAAAAAGUGCUGACACACAUUCCUCGGUCACUUCAGAAAUUGACGGUACCCAAUAUAUCGGUUAUUUAUUAUAAUCUCUUAUAAUAAUAUUAUUACUAUUAUUACCAUAUUAUUGUUAUUAUUACGUA